AUGGCUGCACAAACUGUUGAGAACAGUUCUAGAUCUGAUAAGAUUGAAUCAGAGAUUAAGAAGUUUCAAACUUUCUAUUACAUAUCUGUUGCAACUAUCUAUGAUUGGCUCGAAGAACGUCUCAAGAUUCAGGCGAUUGAGGAUGAUAUAACUAAUAAAUACGUUCCUCCCCAUGUGAAUAUAUUUUAUUGUUUAGGGGGAAUUACGCUUACUUAUUUUUUAGUACAAAUAGCUACGGGGUUUGCUAUGACUUUUUACUAUCGUCCGACCGUUACAGAGGCUUUUGCCUCUGUUCAAUACAUAGUGAUGGAAGCUAAGGUUGGUGUGGUUCUGGGGGUAUUGACCACAUCUUUUGGUGUGACUGGUUAUUCCUUACCUCGGGACCAAAUUGGUUAUUGGGCGGCGAAAAUCGUAACAUGUGUACUUGAAGCUAUUCCUAUAUAUGUCUGCCACAUUGGAAUUCACAACCAAAUGUGUCUUUGUUCCAAUCGUCACGCUCCGUAA